AUGUCAAGUACAGCCCAAUUAGCACAAUGCACUGCUUUACGUAGCGUGCUACGAAACAAACGACUCCCUACCGUCCCUCCUCGCCGCUGUAUAUACACUCACACGACCAACAACCGCAUACACAACAUAAGCAGAUUCACCCUCCAGUCAACCAUAUCUUACCCAUCCAGCCGAAAUUUCUCCCAGAGUUCCGCUCUACUGAAGAAGAAAGGCUCGAAAGAAAGCCCAAAGGAAAAUGACAAGGCUGCUGCCGCCGGCGGUGCUGGCGCAGAAGACCCGUUUGAUUUCUCUUCCCUCAAUGACAGCAUCAAAGAUGCCGUUACACGGCUAAAGGAGGAUCUUGCCAAACUACGCGGCGGUGGGAGAGUUACACCUGAAGCCAUUGAGAACCUACGAGUGUCAUUGCACAAGCCGGGCGGCGCUGAUGUUGGGAAGGGGAAGAAGGGCGCCAGCUCGAGCAGCAAGGAAACCGUCAAAUUGGGGGAGGUUGCGUCUGUUAUUCCUAAAGGAGGCAGGUCGGUGUCGAUAUUGGUUGGAGAGGAACAUGACGUCAAACCCGUCAUGUCUGCGAUUACCUCGUCCGAUCUAUCACUGAACCCUCAGCCAGACCCUCACAACCCGCUUCAAUUGAACGUCCCGAUUCCUCCUCCGACAAAGGAGUCUCGAGAGCAGACGGUUAAAGAUGCUAAAGUAGCUAUGGAAAAGGCAUCUAACAUUGUCCGUAAUGGGCGCGCGGCACUGAAUAAGAAACUGAAGGGUAAGGAGCUUAAGAAGCUUCGACCGGAUGAUGUACGCAAGGCCAUAGAUCAGAUGGAGAAGAUUGCCGAGAAAGGUCAGAAGGAAGUGAAGGAUGUCUUUGAGGCAGCGAAAAAGGCAUUGGAGGCAUAA